GCUCCUUACUUCCCAGUCCUGAAGAAGGGUCUCGGCCGGAAACAUCAACUGUUUAUUCAUUUCCAUAGAUGCUGUCUGACCUGCUGAGUUCCACCAGCAUUUUGUGUGUGUGUGUGUAUGUGUGUGUGUAUGUGGGUAUAUAUCUGUGUGUGUCUGAGUGUGUUAGCAUGAGUGUGUGUGUGUGUGUGUGUGUGUGUCUGUGUCUGUGAGUGUGUUAGCAUGUGUGUGUGUGUGUGUGUCUGUGAGUGAGUGUUAGCAUGAGUGUGUGUGUCUCUGUGUGUGUCUGAGUGUGUUAGCAUGAGUGUGUGUGUCUGAGAGAGUGUGUGUGUCUGUCAGUGUGUUAGCAUGAGUGUGUGUGUGUAUGUGUGAGUGUGGUGUGUGUGUCUGUGAGUGAGUGUGUUAGCAUGAGUGUGUGUGUGUGUGUCUGUGAGUGAGUGUUAGCAUGAGUGUGUGUAUCUCUGUGUGUGUCUGAGUGAGUGUGUUAGCAUGAGUGUGUGUGUGUGUGUCUGAGAGAGUGUGUGUGUGUGUGUCUGUGAGUGUGUUAGCAUGAGUGUGUGUGUGUAUGUGUGAGUGUGGUGUGUGUGUCUGUGUCUGUGAGUGUGUUAGCAUGAGUGUGUGUGUGUCUGUCUGUUAUGCUAAGGUAAGCUCCUCCGGAGAGCGCGAUGGAUACAUAACAAACGACGUAGGUUUGCACUCUACCCUCCCUCGCCUCAAAUGAGGUCGGCGCCGAGUCUGCACACGAAGCCAGCGUGCAUGCACAGGUGAAAGAGGACAAAUGCAACUUUUCCUGCAGCCUGCAUUAAUGCAGGGGACGAGAGAAAAACACACACGGGCGGCUCUUUGAAGAGUGGGGCUGAAUGCAUAAGCGGCGGCGGGAUGGGGUCAGCUUGUAAAUCUGCCUGUCAGCCCAGGAGCGGAGAAGAUCACACGGCGGACUUUUAAAAUUUAAAUGCCCCUGCAACUUCGGGACUGCGCUCACCUCUCUCCUGCCUUCAGCGCGCUGGACACUGGCAUUGGAACAGCAAUGGACAGGGUCGCCCCAGCACUUCCCUGCGGUUUCCAGGAGUUCGACGUCUGGAGGGAUUAUCUGAAGCUGUCGAUGAAGGUGGAGGAGAUCUGGCGGCACGAUGUCGGAGAGACGGAGGGGGCUCCACCCGCCGAGCCCAGCCCGCCGCCGCCACGGGGAGCCCUCCGGCCGCUCUCCCCCGAGGCUGGCGGCCCGAACAGGGACGGCGACAACAUCUGCGCCUUCUGCCGGCACAACGGAGAGUCGCGCAAGGUCUACGCCUCCCAUGUGCUGAAGGCGGACGGGGGGCGGGUGCUGUGCCCCAUCCUGCGGAACUAUGUGUGCCCCCUCUGCCGCGCCACCGGGGACUCGGCUCACACCCUCAAGUACUGCCUCCUAAACCCCGACAGGCGGUCGCUGUACCGGAGCAACGGGCGCAACUCGGUGGGCAAGAGGUCCAGGCGCUGACCGGCCGCCGGUCGGCCCCCGAGCGAAAGGGACUCACCUUCUCGCAAGCUGUAUCAUAAAAAAGGUCUUGUAGAUAUUCGAGAGAAGGUCGGGGGUUUGCGAAUCGGUAAAGUUAUUUUAAAGUUCGUUUAUAUUUAUAUCGGACUGCUGAAGUCUUUGUUUUAAACUUUAUAGAAGUUGUGGGAGAUCUUUAUAUUUCGUCUGGAGACACUGUACA